CUCACAGCCUCGGCAAUGGCGCCGUCGUCGUCGCUGUACUCAUCCGGCCGCCUCCUGCCCUCCCGCACGGCGUCGACGCCGAGGCUCAUCGGGCGGUGGCUCCGGCCGUCCUGCUCCCUGGCCAUGAACGGCUGCGCGGCCGGUGCCGGCGACCGUGGUGUGGUGAGCCUGCAGGAGACGCGGGUACUGCCGGCCGCGUCGGCACCGCUUGAGGCGGUGGGGCAGCUCAGGGCCGCCGUCGCCGCGCUCAACGCCGACCCGCCUGCGUCCUCCUCCGGCAUCAUCCGCAUCGAGGUGCCAAUUCGGCAGCGAGGUGACGCCAUCGAGUGGCUGCACGCACAGAGGCAGAGCUCGCUGCCGCGCUGCUUCUUCUCCGCCCGGGCGCCGCUGCCGGACACGCCGGCCAUCGCCGCGGCCGACACCAACAAUGGCAACGGCUGCCACAAUGAGCAGUGGGAGCAGCCGGUGAGCGUCGCCGGCGUGGGGUCGGCGGUCUUCUUCCGCGGCACGGAUCCCUUCUCCCUCCGCGACUGGCGCGCCAUCAAAAGAUUUCUUUCGAGAGAUUGCCCGCUGAUCCGGGCGUACGGGGCCAUCCGUUUCGACGCGACGAGCGACGCCUCGGUCGAGUGGGAGGACUACGGCGCAUUCUACUUCGUCGUCCCACAGGUUGAGUUCAAUGAGCUUGAGGAGAGCUCGGUUCUCGCGACGACGAUUGCGUGGGACGACUCGCUCUCUUGGACAUGGCGGAGCGCUGUGGAAGAGCUCCAAUCAACAUUGCACAAGAUAUCACCAUCUUCAGCUAAGGUGAACAGGUCCACCUUACAAACAGCCAUCAUGAAUCUUAAUCAUGUCCCCACCAAAGCGUCCUGGGAUCUUGCUGUUACUAAGGCUCUCCAGAUGAUCAAAGGGAGGCAAACGGAACUAGUGAAGGUUGUACUGGCAAGGUGCAGCAGGUACAUUACUGAUACUCGCAUUGACCCUUUGGAGCUGUUAGCUUGUCUGAAGGUCGAGGGCCAAAAUGCCUACCAGUUUUGCAUACAACCACCCGACGCCCCUGCAUUUGUUGGCAAUAGUCCAGAGCAACUAUUUCACCGGAAGUACUUGAAUAUUUCUAGCGAGGCUUUAGCUGGUACGCGAGCUAGAGGGAAAACAAGGGCUGAUGAUUUUCAAAUUGGCCAGGAUUUGCUUCUAAGCACCAAAGAGGAUACUGAAUUUACUAUAGUAAGGGACAGCAUAAAGAAGAAGCUUGAGAUGAUCUGUAAUGAGGUUGUUGUCAAUCCCAGCAAAGCCCUUCGGAAACUUCCUAGAGUACAACAUUUGUCAGCCCAAUUAGCUGCAAGAUUACGUAACGAAGACGAUGAGUUUGAUAUCCUAAAUGCUCUUCAUCCAAGUCCAGCUGUUUGUGGCUUGCCCACUGAGGAGGCACGCCAAUUCAUACGAGAUUAUGAAAUUUUCGACCGUGGAAUGUAUGCUGGACCUGUUGGUUGGUUUGGAGGAGCUGAAAGUGAGUUUGCUGUGGGGAUUAGAUCAGCACUACUAGGAAAAGGCCAUAACACUUUAGUUUAUGCCGGUGCGGGGAUUGUUGAAGGGACAAAUCCAUCUUUUGAAUGGGAUGAGCUUGACCUAAAAGCAUCUCAGUUCGCCAAGUUGUUGCAGUAUCAAGAACAACAUAUUUGCUACCACUAGGUGGGAAUUAUGGGGACAUUGAUUUGAAUUGUAACUAGGAGUUUUGAUUUGAUGGGAAGAUUAUCAAGCGGAAGUUUCUCUCGGUUUCUGAGCUUAUGUGUGCUUGUGUUCUAUAAACUUCGAAGGAUUGUCUUGUUGAAACAUUUUUCCACUGAAUAAACAUACUUAUGCCUGACCAUUCGAACAAGGAGACGGCGAUAAUGAUAGUGGUGAAUACAAUAGAUUCAACGAAAGCAUUUUAGGUAAAUAUGUACAAUGAUUGUAACAAGUCGAAUAGAGGGAGUGUAUAUCAAAAUAAUUUGAGUACUUA